CUACUACAUUUUCCCACUAUAUAAUAAUCUAUGCACUUAGAAAUAUUAUUGUAAUUAUCAUCGAUCUUCAUCAUCCUCAUCAAAAUUCUUACGUAGUAGUACGCAAGAUAUAUAUAUAUACUACGUAUUAAAUAAUUAUUCAGAAACCAUAGCUUAGCUCAUCGAUCAGCGAGAAUUUGAUCUUGUAUUAAACAAAAAUGGCUACUACAUGUUCAUGCAGAUUGUUGGCCAUUAUGUUGGCUAUACUCUUCUUCUCAGAAGCAAAUGGUCAACUAAGCGCUACAUUUUACUCCACCACAUGCUCUAAUGUGUCUGCAAUUGUACGUACUGUGCUCCAACAGGCCUUGCAGAAUGAUCCCCGCAUUGGUGCUAGUCUUAUUCGCCUUCAUUUCCACGAUUGCUUCGUCAAUGGAUGCGAUGGUUCAAUUUUAUUAGAUAACAAUGGAACUACCAUUGUGAGCGAGAAAGAUGCACUUCCAAACACCAAUUCCACAAGAGGAUUUGAUAUCGUUGACAACAUCAAGUCCGCAAUUGAAAGUGCUUGCCCCGGUGUUGUCUCUUGUGCUGAUAUUUUAGCCCUUGCUUCACAAGCUGCGGUUUCCUUGGCUGGCGGUCCUUCAUGGAGUGUUUUAUUAGGAAGAAGAGACAGCAGAACAGCAAACCAGGCAGGGGCUAACAAUAGCAUUCCUUCUCCCUUUGAAGGCUUAACCAACAUUACUACAAAGUUCUCGAACGUUGGAUUAAACGUUAAUGAUCUUGUGGCAUUAUCUGGUGCUCAUACGUUUGGACGCGCACAAUGCCGCUUAUUUAGCAACCGGUUAUACAGUUUCACUAGCUCGGGAAAUCCCGACCCGACCCUAAACGCAACGUACUUAGCCACAUUACAAUCGACUUGUCCACAAAACGGGCCCGGAUUCAACGUAGCCAACCUUGACCGGACAACCCAGGAUGGUUUUGACAACAAUUAUUUCUCAAAUUUACAGACCAACCAAGGGCUUCUUCAAUCAGAUCAAGAGCUGUUCUCAACAUCCGGGUCGGCAACGGUUGCCCUAGUCAACACUUUCAGUUCAAACCAAACUGCGUUCUUUCAGAGCUUUGUUCAAUCAAUGAUUAAUAUGGGAAAUAUCAGCCCGUUGACUGGGUCCAGUGGGGAGAUUAGGUCAAACUGUAGGGUACCCAAUUGAUGAAAUUGUUCCCUAGCCACUUGUUUAUGCAUACUUUGGACGGUUCAAAGUGAUAAGGACCCACAAAAUAAAGAACUAGUCCAAGAUGUGAGCUGAGUAUAGUAUAGAUUGUUCAGUAUACCUACACGUUUUUCCUCCUUUUGUGACCCUUUAAAAU